AUGGCUGUUAUAGCUUUAACAAAAAUUCUUGAUGCUGGUUUUGCUGGUCUGUCCGUUGUUAGGCAUUUUCUCAAGGAGAGUCCGAAGGAUUUGAACCUACACAUUGACUUGUAUGAUGAAAUGGGGAUUGGUGGAGGCGCUCCAGGACUCUCUGGAGGACUCCUCCACCCCUAUUCUCCUAACGUUAAGCUUCUAUGGAGAGGUGCCGAGUGCUGGGAAGAAUGUAUGAAGGUCUUAAGCAUUGCAGAACAAGCCGUUAGUUCCGAGAAAGAUUUGGUUUCCUUAAGUGGUGAAUUUGAUUAAGAUUUUGGUGGGAUUUUAGACCGGAGAUAAGAUGCAUCAUUGACUUUCGCGUUGACUCUAUCUAAAGUAAUGCCUCGACUAGCCACCCGUCCUCAACACCUUUGGGUAAAGACCACAUGUUCCUUUCAGAGGGAGUUAUCCACCCGCGUUUAGGUACGAACACACUCUUGUUAUGAUAAGGAGUCCAUUUAGGCAUAAUAACUUCGUACUGAUAAGGUC